GGCGUGUAGCGGGCGUGCGGCUCAGCCGCUGCUGGGCCUGCUGGCCUGGGCUGGCUCGUGUGGCGGCACAGCGCUCGGCAGGCCGCGGCUCGCCCCCGGGGCUUGUGCCCGUUUACACUUCACGGAGACUGCAGGCGUUUGUUGCUGGGGAGUAGGGGAAUCUCCCGAGCGGCAGCCCUGCCGGGGUGAAGCGGAAGUGGAAGGUCCCCUGUAACUGGGCGGUGCUUCCUACGUUUCUGAGCCGUGCAGGGGGAGCUGGGGGGUCUGUGUGGAGGGGAGGUGCGGUAAGGUUGAUCAACUUCAAAAUGUUACCUCAGUGUCUGUACCGAGUUUGCAGAUGUUUGUUUCUGCACAACUUUAAACUGAAUGCAGUAAAUGUGACUACUCUGCCCAGAAGGAUCGGUUCUUCAGCUAAAAAGCUUUCUGAUUCGGAGGUAAAGGAACAGACUCUUCAAAAAUGUGAAACUGAAGAUUUGCUUCAAAGGACAGACGACAGUAAUUUUGGAAGAUUGCACAUACCAGUGAUGCUGGAGGAGGUUGUUAAUUUUUUAUCUCCCCAGCCAGGCCAGCGAUUCCUCGACAUGACGUUUGGAGCCGGAGGCCACACCACAGCUCUUCUCCAGAAAGCCACUGAUGUCACAGUUUAUGCUCUAGACAGGGACCCCACAGCUUACCAGAUAGCUCAGCAGCUUUCAGAGUCCUACCCGAACCAGGUUCACGCUCUCCUAGGACAGUUUAGCCAGGCAGAGGCUUUGUUACUCUCUGCUGGAGUUGAGCCAGGCACUCUGGAUGGAGUUCUCUUGGAUGCUGGCUGUUCUUCCAUGCAAUUUGAUACGCCUGAAAGAGGUUUUUCCCUGCAAAAGGAUGGACCUUUGGACAUGAGGAUGGAUAGUGACAGGUACCCUGACAUGCCCACUGCUGCUGAUGUUGUGAACGCUUUAGAUCAACAGGCGCUUGCGUCCAUCCUGAGAACAUACGGGGAGGAGAGGCACGCCAGGAAAAUCGCUGCAGCCAUCGUUCAGGCACGCAGCAUAUACCCCAUCACCAGAACUCAGCAGCUUGCAAGCAUUGUUGCAGGUGCUUUUCCCGCAUCGGCACUGUACGCUCGGCGGGACCUGCUGCAGAGACCUGCACACGUUGCUACCAAGACUUUCCAAGGCCUGCGAAUAUUUGUCAAUGAUGAGCUCCAUGAACUGCUUUUAGGGCUGCAAGCAGCUGAGAAGUUCCUUAGGCCGGGAGGUCGCCUUGUCGCCAUCUCCUUUCAUUCCCUGGAAGAUCGCAUUAUCAAACGUUUUCUUCACGGGAUAGACGUGACAGAAAAGUACAACCUUAGCUCAAGGCAGAAGAUAAGGCAAGCUCUGAAAGACAGCUCCAAAAAGGAUGGUGCACAGCAGUCUCUCCAUGGAAAAUCCAACUCCAAUUGGAUUUUUAUACAGAGAAAAGUUCUUACGCCCCAGGCCAAGGAUAUUGAAACAAACCCAAGAGGAAGGUCAGCCAAACUGAGAGCAGCUGUUAAACAAUAAUGAUAAUGAUAAAAGAUUGUGUGUGUACCUAUAUGGUCCUUAAAUAUUGUUUUCUAGGAGAUUAACUGGGCAGAAAGUGUCAAACUGAAAAAAAAAUUAAAUAAAAUGAAGGUUAUUAGAAAACAUUUUCCUUACAUUGGUGCUUUUCAAUUAGGAGGUAGGGUAGAGCAUAAGAAAAGAAAGUAAAUGUGGCUGCCUUGUAAUUACAGAGAUGAAGACCUCUUUGUAAGAAGGGCAUCAAACCCCAAGUUUAUACAUUUUCCACGUUUGAUGCCUUUGCAGUAUCUCCUUCAGACCAAAUUCAAACAGUCUAAAUUCAGCAGCAGACUGGAGGGGUGGAUUUUGCCCACCAAAUGGGGUAGAGUUUGCACACCUAAGUUUGAUGGCUGUGUUAGUCUGGAGUCAGUUUGAAUGAAGCUCAGAAUUCAUGGUGUAUAAGUCUCUGUAUCUCAACUGAUUUGUUGUGUGAAUGCCUGUGGGACAGGUGUUUGUGUUCUUGUAUACAAGUAUCAGUUUAUUUAAUGUUCUGUCCAGGAAUUUGGAAGUGGACUCUUUUUACCCUCUCUGUAAAACAAGUAAAAACUUCUGAGUGAUCAGCUGGCUAUUUUAUGUUUAUGGAUUGCAAAUAAUAAAUAUUAUACUGGAGAAAGAA